AGUUCUCUUUAGUGUUUGCCAAUGUUGGAGGUGUAACUGGGGUCUGGCCCUGGACAAAGGAAUAGAGCAUGGCUCAAGUGAAAGUACAGACCGCAGCACCCUUGUCUGGUCCUGGCCUCACCCCUGGAGUUCCCCCGGCAGCCAUGGCCAGCUCAGGAUCCCUGGGUCUGCAGUCCACCGUCAACGGCACAGGCCCGGCCCCCACACCCGCCUGCCCCGCUCCUGCAGUCGGAUAUGGGGACGACCCUGUGUCUGCCUCGCCUCCAGAUUCGCCCCAGGAGAACAUGGCAAACCCUAAAGAGAAAACUCCAAUGUGCUUGGUGAAUGAGUUAGCCCGUUUCAACAGGAUCCAGCCACAGUACAAGCUCCUCAAAGAGAGAGGUCCUGCACAUGCUAAGAUCUUCACUGUGCAGCUGACUCUUGGGGAGCAGGUGUGGGAGGCAGAGGGGACCAGCAUCAAAAAGGCCCAACACUCCACCGCUGCCAAAGCUCUGGCUGAGAGCAUCCUUCCCAGGCCAGCACCCCGCUCCCCUAAAGCAGACAUGAACAGCAACCCAGGCAGUAUAACACCCACAGUGGAGCUGAAUGGUCUGGCUAUGAAGAGAGGGGAACCAGCGAUAUACAGGCCUUUGGAUCCCAAACCAAUGCCAAACUACAGAGCUAAUUAUAACUUCAGAGGGAUGAUUAACCAAAGGUACCAUUAUCCAGUUCCUAAGAUCUUCUACGUGCAGCUUUCGGUGGGGAGUCGAGAGUUUAUUGGGGAUGGACGAACCCGCCAAGCGGCAAGACACAACGCUGCCAUGAAAGCCCUUCAAGCCCUGCGCAAUGAACCCAUCCCUGAACGGCCACCGCAGAGCCCAGAGGAAAAGGGGGAAACUCCAGAGGGAGCUGAUGCGAGCAAAUCUGAGAUAAGCCUGGUUUAUGAAAUCGCCCUCAAGAGGAACUUAUCAGUCAAUUUUGAGGUGUUGAAGGAGAGUGGCCCCCCGCACAUGAAAAGCUUUUUCACCCGUGUCACUGUUGGAGAGUUUUCUGCUGAUGGCGAAGGGAACAGUAAGAAGCUGUCCAAGAAGCGUGCUGCUCUGUCAAUCCUGCAGGACCUGAAGAAGCUGCCCUUCAUACCAACUAUAGAGAAACCUAAGACCCACUACAAGAAACGCACCAAGACCAUCCUCAAGACGGCACCAGACUAUGGUCAAGGCAUGAAUCCCAUCAGCCGUCUAGCCCAGAUCCAGCAGGCCAAGAAGGAGAAGGAGCCCGAGUACCAGCUGCUUUCUGAGAGAGGAAUGCCCCGACGUCGAGAGUUCGUCAUGCAGGUGAAGGUUAAUAACGAGGUUGCCACGGGAACAGGGCCCAACAAGAAGGUGGCCAAGCGGAACGCUGCUGAGGCGAUGCUGCUACAAUUGGGAUACAAGGCCUCCACAGUCCCUCAGACCCCUUCAGAGAUGGACAACAAAGGCUGGAAUGGACAAAAGGUGCCUUUUACCGAAGCAACAAGUAACACCCAGAAGGGUCUCCUCCACCUCAGCCCCGACGUCUAUCAGGAGAUGGAGGCCAGUAGAAAGCAGAGUGGCAGUUCACCGGGCUCUGGUGGCAGCAGUGGAGGCUCUAUCAACUACGUAACAUCCAAAGAUAUUGGGCCCUGCUCUGCCCCAGUACCCCCAGGACAUUCUCCGUACUACAGCGGCUCACCUUCAUCACCCAGCCCGACUGCUACUAUGGCCAGAGAGCUGCUGCUUAACGGUCAGGCGCCUCAGUCCCCCCCAGCCGACGCCUCGCCACCCAUAAAGGGCAAGAACAUGGGAGUCUCAGUGCAGCCAGCACAGCAGCUGGAUUACCUGGCUCACAUCCAGGGCUUCCAGGUGCAGUACAGUGAUGCACAGAAUGGGAAGGAGUUUGUGACCUACUUGACCUUAUCCCCAGUGCAAAUGACUUUCCACGGCACCGGGAGCACCCUCCAAGCCAGCCACGACCAGGCUGCUCUAAGUGCCUUGAAACAGCUGUCGGAGCAGGGACUGGACCCAGUAGAUGGCCCCAUCAAGACCGCUGAACCAUGUGGGAGGGAGGACGGACAUUAAACAGACUAACUCAGGCACCACCACUCAGGUCUGCAAGGAUUCAAAGGCUGUCGUCAAGGAGCUGACACCACCAGACCCCUUCAACCAAACUGACCCCAUUCCCUCAUACCCUACAACCCAUAAUAUCCCAAACUUACCCCCCUCCUAUCCCCAACCGUACCCCACGAUUGCCACUGUAUCCUGCAAAACCUGUAAACAUGCAAUAGGGUGGAUGUGCACCAAGAAAUGACCGACUAAAACGCCCGUACCUGAGUCUAUGUGAAGACAACACUAUCUUAACAUGUUUAUUGAUCAUUUCAGUCAAAAUUUGGACAAAACAAAUACGGAAAACACAAGCAAGAGAGAUGAUUGCAUGGCAAUGUUUGAAAUCAUGGGAAGUCCAAAGCGAUUCAUUCUGUAAGCCAGUUUUCCAUUUAGAGAAGUUGGUAUGGUUAAAACAAAUCUGUACAUCAUGCUAUUGAAUUACAAAAGAAACCUUUAAGGGGAGAAACCAACUGACGCACCGUAGCUUAUUUUUCCCAAGGUAUUAUGUUACUUUUUUUUUUUUUUGUUAUUUUAUUAAUCUAACAAUGCUUGAGUACUGUAUUUAAAAUUAACCAAUGCCAGUGCUGUGAAAGUUGUAGUUGUUGUCUUCAUAUAUAGUCACCCAGCUUACCUUGUAUGCUGACAAAAGAAAAGAGAAAACAGUUCAUCUAUCUAUAUGGAUGUGUACAACUUUGCAAGAAUAUAUAUAUAAAAAAAAAAACUCUAAAAAAUUUUUAUGUGAACAAAAAGGACAAAACUGGUGUUAGCAUUAAUUAUUAGAAGUGUUGCCCACCCAGUAGGGAAGGUCAGACCAGCCUCUUCUACUUCUGUGGGUCUACCUGUCCCGUUUUAACAUGACCACACACUGGCAGAUCAUCACUGGAGCAUUGCCUGAACAACAGCCAUGGUCGGGGAGUGGGGGGUGUCACAGUGGUUCUUCUUAAACAAAGAGGCCAGUUGUAAUUGACAGCGACUAGACGUUUGUGCACAUCCUCUAAUGCCAGUAAACUUUGACCUUAGAGUCCAAGAGUUAAGCACAGACUGCAUGUUCUCCAGUGAUAGAGAUGUUCUCAUCAUUCCGGUGAUUUUGUGUCAGUGGAUCAUCCCCCAAUGUUUCUACCCCCCUCAGCAGUUUUGUCGAUCACAUCUACACCCAUUGUGUGUGUUAUAUGACUUGCCAAGGCAUCAACUGGGUGCUUUUAAUGCCUGCAGUUCUGAAGUGCACCUUUGGAUUGGGGAGAGCCCGUGGCCAAACUGCCGGCUCCCACCACUAAAAUGCCACUUCGGAUCCCUUUGUCCACUGACAUUGAGGAUGUGUCGUCUUCUUCGCUGUGAGUGCAAUGUGUUAUAAGGCCGUUUGUUCCUGAAAUGCAGUAAAAUCACCUCAGUUCAUGUGAAAAAAA